AUGUCGGGCCCUCUGGUGCCCUCCAGUCGAACCCGGGGUCCGCUCUUACUGGCGGGGGUGCGUGUACUGCUGGCGGAGGACAACAUGGUCAACCAGCGCGUGGCCAAGCAUGCUCUCACCAAGGUGGGGGCUGCUGUGGAGAUUGCUGGUAACGGACAGCUGGCGCUCACUGCCGUUGAGGAGCGGGCGGCGUCGUUCGACGUCAUUCUGAUGGAUAUUCAGAUGCCUGUCAUGGAUGGCUUGGAGGCAACGAAAAGAAUACGGCAAUUUGAAGCAGGUAAUGCUGGUAAUAAAAGGUCCCCACAAGCAAAAGGAGGAAUUCCCAUUUUGGGAUUGACAGCACAUGCCAUGGCAGGGUAUAAGGAGCAGUGCUAUGAAGCGGGGAUGGAUGGGUAUGCAGUGAAGCCAUUCAAAAUAGAGCAGCUGUCAAGAGGAAUCCAAGCUGCGGGUAUCUCUCCGUUUUUCCCGCUUCUGUCCCAUCCAAUGGACGACGACGAGCCUGUCCCGCAGCUGCUGCGAUGCGAGGCUGUGCGACCCCGCAAGCCGUCGCAGGACUUUCAAGCGACGGAAGUCCUUGCGACAAAUAGUCGCACAUCGGUGUCGCCAGAGUCGCCGACCCUUUCCGACGGCGAAAAUCACGAGCUCGCGUCAAUGCCUUCCGCCGACACCGGAUGGUUUGGCCCCGCGCAGGUCCGCGCAAGGAUCGCUCCGCCACCCGCUUCCGCCAGGAUGGGGGGAAACGCGGGGGGAGCGGGGGCCGCAGCUGGCACUGGUGCGAGCGAUUCACGCGGUUUCAACCGUUCGUUGUCGCAGCCGGCACGCAAGCUCAACGCGAUCGAUCCGCGAAGACCGUUGGGUGCCGUGAGAGGGCAAAUGCCCGCGCCGAAUGCAGGCCCGGCAGCGUUUGCCCCGGGUAGCUUUAGCUCCGGUUCGGCCGCAGGUCCGGCAAGAGGUAUGGCUGUACCUGGCGGCGGGAUCUCCCGGCCGCAACAGCCUCCGGCGCAGCCACCGCCGUCGGCGCAACCAUUACAGCAGUCACCGUCGCCCCAGCAGGGGGUGUACCCGCACCGCCCCCCGCCGCAGCGGAUGCAUCGGCGCAUGAUGUCGGCAUCGCGCGCGGAGACGAGCUCGUGGGAGGUUCUGGACAAGGCCACCACUUCGCCCGCGAUGCGCCCGGGGAUGGUCGACUCCGCGGCUGCCGCCGCUGGCGCUGGACGCGGGGGAGGAGGCGCAAGCCACGCGCAACGGUUCGCGCCGCAGCAUCACCCCCCUACCGCGCAGAUGACCCCCGCGCAACAGCACCAGUUGCGCCAGCAGGCGUCUCCGCAACCCCCCGCUGCCCCCCUGGCGCUCCAUCCGCGCGGACCCCCUCCCCCAGUGCGUGGACACCGCCCGCGGAUGCGGUCCAUGGGGCAACUGGCGGAGCUGUUACCUGCGGACAGGGGGGAUUCGGGGGCGCCGCGGGCGGGGGGUUCGCGGGGGAUGGCGCAUCGGCUUUUGCAGAUGGAUUGCGGCUCCGCGCUCAUGCAAGGCGGAAUGAUUGCCCGCGGAGGAGCCGCGGGGCCGGCGAUGGGCGCAGGGAGAGGCGGGGCAGGGGGAGUACCAGUGGGUGGGGUGGGCGGAUUGGGGCCAGCAGCAGCAGGGGCAGGAGGUAUGGGUGGAGUGGCAGGGGGGAUAGCCUCCCGGGCAGUAGCAGCAGCGGGACCAAGUCCGCGGACGCCUGAGGGGGAGGACGAGGCGACGAGGGUGCUGGAGCGGGAGUGGCAGAUGGGGUGGGAGCAGGAGCGGGAGGAGGACGACGGGGGACUGCCUGGGCUCGUGGGGGCGUCUGGGGAGCAUGUGGUAGGCGGAGGCAGGGAGUAUUCCCCUUCCCCUAGCAGCAGCAGUGGGUAUUCGCCUGCGGGUGCAAGGAGAGGGUCCCCGGGUGACGAGAGGGAGCAGGCUGGGUUUGCCGCGCAGAGGCGAAACGCGUUUCCGCUUUCUCAGCAGCAGCUUCUGCAGCAGUCGCCGCAGCAGCUGAGCGCGUCGUUCACGGCUCAUGAUGCCGCCAUGGUGCAGAAGGGGUUGCGCAUUCAGCAGCGGCUAGACGCUCUAGAGCAGCAAAAGCAACAGCAGCUCUCACAACUUAAUCACCCCUCCCUCCAGCACCAGCCGCAACACCAGGGGCAGCAGCAGCAGGGGGCGGGUGUGGCAGAGGCACAGGAGGAGCGGAGGGGGUGGGCGGGGCCGCGGAGGCACCGCGUGGGGAUGGACGCGGUUUUCCGCGCGUUUGUGCUGGGGCAGCCGUAUAGCGACAUAGGAGAGCAGUACGAGGUGCGGCGGCACGAGGUGGUGGCCAUGGGCGAAUUCAGUGUCGUGCGCGUGUGCCGUGAGGUGGACACGGGAGUCAUGCUCGCCUGCAAGACGAUCGAAAAGGAUUCCAUUCACUCAGCGGAGGAGGCGCGGGAUCUGAGGAGGGAGGUGGAGAUGAUGGAGCGAGUGGCAGGGCACUGCAAUGUCGUGCGCCUGCACGCCGUCUUCGAGGACCAUGAGAACAUUCAUCUGGUGAUGGAGCUCUGUCGGGGGGGAGGCCUCUUUGACUACAUGCGCACCAACGGCCCACUCACCGAGCGGGCGGCGGCGUCCGUCUGUUUCCAGCUGCUGUCAGCGCUGGAUCACUGCCACGCGUGCGGCGUGCUGCACCGGGACGUGAAGCCGGAGAAUGUGCUUCUAGCGAGGGCUGAGAGUGACUUUGGCAGCAUUAAGCUCAUCGAUUUUGGAAUUGCCGCUGAGCAUCAACCAGGUGUGCGCAGCAGCACCCUGUGUGGCACGCCUCUCUAUCUCGCACCUGAAACCCUCGACGGGGUCUGGUCUCCACAGGCUGACGUGUGGGCGGCUGGCGUUGUCUCAUAUGCAGCACUCUGUGGCGUGCCGCCCUUUUGGGCGGAAACCAAUGAGGGGAUUUUCCGAGCCAUCCGCUCGGAACCUCUGCGGUUUGCCUUGGCAGCCUGGGUCGGCGUGUCCGAAGCUGCCAAGGACCUUGUUCGGGCAAUGCUGGAUAAGAACCCACACCGGCGAAUCACAGCACAGCAAGCUCUUGGACAUAGAUGGUUUCAAGAGGUGUAG